AUGCUGGUCCAGGAUCCAACUACAUCCGAAUUCCACGUCCUAUCGCCCCAGGCCACUGUAGCAGCACAUACAGCCACGCCAUGUCGCCCGCCACAAGCACCUUUAGCGAUUGCCGAUUCCGCUAAAGCCGCGUCUGGCGGCGCAGAAAGCGGCGGGGGAGGCGGAGCAAGGGACAGUAAGUUCCUGCGCUUGUCAAUUCAGUCCGUUGCGCUCGCGCUGGCGUUUGGCGGAGCGGCGGCGUUUCUCCGCAUGCUGCUCUCCGCACUCCCCCCGGACUUCCUCUCGCGCUGGAAGAAGCUGUUUGCGGAGCAGCCGCACUUCGACCCCAAGACCGCCGUCGAAGCGCGCCGAGCCACCGCCAUCUACGACUGCCACGGCGACUUAAUCGCCACCGUCGUUCCCGGCGGGUUCGGCGGGCGGCGGAAGGACGCGAGCAAGGGGCAGGCGCCGUUAAAGCCGACUGAGGUGCCGGCGGUGAUGUGGCAGGCGGUUAUUGCGACGGAGGACCGACGGUUCUUCGAACACCAGGGGUUCGAUCCCAAGGGCCUGACACGUGCCAUUAUGUCAUUGGCGCGGACUGGAGGCGGGAGUACGAUCACGCAGCAGGUGAGGGGUGGUGUGCGGGGAGGGCAGACGGGGAGGGCGGACGGCGCUUGUCCCCCACCCACCCUGCCGCAUCUCCCCCUCCUCUCAGCUGGUGAAGAACGUGUGUCUGCUGAACGAGCGGCUCUGGUUAAGAACGUGUUUCUGUCGAACGAGCGGCGGUGGACGCGCAAGCUGGUGGAGAUCAUACUGGCCGUGAUCAUAGAGAGGCGCAUGACCAAGUGGGACAUCCUGCACCUCUACCUCAAUAAGAUCUAUUGGGGCCACGGCGUGACGGGGUUAGAGGCAGCAUCGGCGCUCUACUUUGGCAAGCACCCGUCGCUGCUCACGCUGGGCGAGUGCGCCAUGCUCGCCGGCAUCAUCCCCGCGCCCGAGCUGCUCUCGCCCUACCGCGACCCCUCCAGGGGCCGCAAGCCCCAGGCGCGCGCAUUGAGGCGGAUGGUGGAGGCGGGCUUUCUGGACAUUGCCACGGCCACCGAGGCCAUGCAGCAGCCGCUGCGCCUGGGAUCCGAGGCCAAGCACGGCACUUCAGGGCCGUGGAGGGCGCCCUUCUUCGUCAGUGAGGUUUUGUACGAGCUAGCGCAGAGGUACGGGCGGGAGGAGGUGGUGCGGGGCGGGCUGCAGGUGCACACGACGCUAGACCUGACGAUGCAGGACGCGGGGGAGAAGGUGGUGGGGGACGGCACGCGCGAGUACGACCAGGAGCGGGAGGCGGCAGCACAGAGGGACAUUGCGGCGAUCUCCAUGAAGCUGGAGGAGCUGCGGGGGAGGCGGCAGCAGCAGAUACUCGCGACUGUGGCUGCUGCUGCUGUCAAGAGGUCAGCGGAGUUUCGCAAGAAGAAGGGGCAGACACAAAAGACAGUGUCAGAGAUGAUGGCAGACGAGACAGCAGCCGUGGCGCGCACGCUUGAGCGAUUCGCAGCCAUGGAGCGCACGCUGACAGCAGCCGUGCAGCGCUACGAGAACGAGCUCAGGAGCGCUCAGGCCGCCAGGUUAGAAGGAGCCAUGGUAGCCAUGGACCCACUCUCAGGAGCAGUGAGGGUGCUGGUGGGCGGGCGGGACUACUACGAGAGCUGCUUCAACCGCGCCACCCAGGCGCUGCGCCCCCCCGGCUCCACCUUCAAGCCCGUCGUCUACCUCACUGCACUGGCCGAGGGCAUCACCAAGGACUACGUGUUGGUGGACGAGCCAUACGAGGUGGGCGGCUUUGCCCCGGAGAACUACGACCGCAAGUUCCGCGGGCCCGUCACGCUGGAGGAGUCGCUUCUCAAGUCGCUCAACGUGCCCACCGUCAAGCUGUGCGCUGAGAUCGGUGUUGACAAGGUGUGUCACAUGGGACGCGCACUGGGCAUCAAGACCCCUCUUCCACACGAGCUGGCGCUCUCACUGGGCGGCUGUGAGGUGACGCCCCUGCAGCUCACCACCGUUUACUGCACGAUCGCUGCAGGGGGGAUAUACCACCGCCCUCACCUCAUCACCCGUGUGGAGUCGUACAAUGGAAGGGUGCUGGAAGAAGCCAAGGUGUGCAUGGAGCGCAGGGACCCGGUGGUGGAUGAAGCAGCGGUGGGCGAGUUGAGGAUGCUGCUGCAGGCCGUGGUGGAGCGCGGCACCGGCAAGGGCGCCCGCAUGGACCGCCCGUGCGCGGGCAAGACGGGCACGAGUGAUGGCCACCGCGACUGCUGGUUCGCUGGGUUCACCCCGCAGCUGGCGUGUGUGGUAUGGCUGGGCUACGACGACAACUUGCCAGUGGGAGGGCUGCACCCCGGCACCGGUUCCAGCCACGCAGCACCGCUCUGGAGCCGCUUCAUGACCCUCGCCCAUGAAGGGCUGCCCGUGAAAAAAAUCCUCGACCCUGCCCGGGACAGGUACAGCGGGCGGGCGGCUGGAAGGGAGUUUCAGAAACGGAGCCGGCGGGCUCAGAAGGUGGGGCUGAGUGAGGUGCGGAAGAGGGAGGGCGGGAGGAGGAAAGGAGGGAGAGAGGUGGUGUGGAAAGACGUGUGGGAUUGGGAGAAGGCGAGUAGUGGGUGGCAGGAGAGGGAGAAGAUGGAGGAGUGGGCAGCAGCGAGACGAGAGAGGGGUGAGGAGAUUCGGGCUUUAAGGGCCAAAUGGGGAUGGCUGCCGUUUGUAAAGGGGAAUAAGGGGGCAGGCGGGGAGGGAGGAGGGGAGUCGCCGGGGAGAGGGUUGCUUGGGGAUGAAGGGGAGGAGGUAGGGGAGGAUGAUUACGAGGAUGCGUUGCGGUUCUUUGAGCGGGCGAAUGAGGCGGAGGGGCAGGGUGGGAGGAGGGGUGGGGAGAGGGGAGGGGAGAGGGGUGGAGAGAGGGAGGGGGCAACAGGGAGGGGCAUUUCUGCAGCGGCAAUGGCUGCUGCUAAGUGGGGCGCAGGGGGGAGAGGAGGGGGCGUGGAGAAGCGAGGGGGGAGUGGGGAGACAGGAGCAGAGAGGGGAGUGGACGAGGAAAUGGGGAGGAGGUGGAGCGCGGAGGAGGGAGUGGAGGGGGAGGACGAGGAGGAGAGUGAGGUUUGUGCGAGGGAUGGUGAGGGGGAUGAUGAGGAUGGGUUGUGGGAGGAGGGGGAGGGAGAGGAGGAGGAGGAGGAGGAGGAGGCACCAGAAGAGGUAUUGGCUCGCAUGCAGGAGAGGCUGGAGGAGCAGUUUGGGGUGCGACUGGUGGAGGCUGUAUUUGAGAGGCGAGGGGGGGACGGGGGCUCGGGGGCAGAUUUCAAGGGGAGGGAAGAUGGGCCUGCAGGGACAGCAGGAGUGGGGGGUGGAGAGAGAGGUGGGGGGGGAGAGGGAGGUGCAGCGGGUGAGGCGGCAUUGUAUGAGGGAGUGCGUGUGCCAUCUGUGACAGCAGCAUCAUCCUCACGGCCGCCUGCAUUGGUGGAAGGCUUGACGUGGAGUGAGCGAGUUGCAUCAGCGCAGCAGCAGCAGCUAGAGCAGCAGCAACAGCAGCAGCAGCUACAGAAGCAGAUUGCAGUAAACGCCACCACCUCAGAUCUAGUCGAGCCUCGUGCCGAAACUCAACUUCCUUACACCGAACCUCAAGUGUCCCGUACCAAGCCUCAGGUGCCCCGGUCUGCAGCCCAAACCUCCAUGGCUGAGAACCAGGCAGCUCCUGCAGCAGCAGCAGCGGCAGCAGAAGAGCAGAGAGAGGUGGUGAAUGCGAAGUUCUUCACAGCAGUGAAGUCGGAUUCAGAUUCUGCCAUGCCUGACAUCUCUCCGCUACAGCCAUGGCCUGAGAAACAGGGCGACGGGGCGGAGGGGGAAGGGGAGAUGGAGGCAUGCUGCCCCAUGCCCCCAUGCACGGGGCUGCUCCCAGCCUGCAGGGAGCCGUCACUGGAAGGGAGUGCAGAUGCUGAGAGAGGUGAGGUGGAUCAGAGGGAGCUUGAGGAGGAGGACGAGGAGAAGCGGCUGAGGUGGACCAAGCGGCUGUUUGUGAAGACCAGGGUCACGGCUCCGGGCGGCGCGCCCCUACCCCUGUCAUCGUCUGGAUCUUCUGCCUACUCAGCCUAUACUGCUGCCACUGCCACCACAACAACAGGGAGAGGCUUCUCACAGGAAGAUCCUGGGCAACACAAGGUAUCUUCGCCUCCUCUCGUCCCUUCCCCUUCUUCCUUGGGUCCUCCAUCGUCGCUAGCCCCCUCGGUCCAGCCCCCUUUGGUUCCUGGCAGGUAUGGUGGUGAUGCCAGCAGCGUGCCUGGCAGCUCAGCAGGCAUGUGGGGGAGUGCAGUGCCAUGGCGGCAGCAGAAAGGAGCUGGGUUGGGCCCUGAUGCUCCAAGGGACAGGGCAGUUGGGUCGCCUGCUUUAUUCGGCAGGUUUGGUGGUACUAGUCGGACAGAUAGGACGUAG